AUGCCUGGACUUCCGCCUGGACUGCUCGAGGCCAUUGAGGCGCUCCCUGCAUCGGACAGCUGGGGCCCGCCGACGACCACCGAGACCACGCUCAACGGCAUUCCGUAUGCGCCGUUCAGCAAAGGCGACAAGCUGGGUCGCAUGGCCGAUUGGACUGCCGAGGGCAAGGAAAGAGAGGGACGCGGCGGUCGCGCGCAGUAUAACAAUCGAUACCGCGAUCAGGUCUAUGGCGCGACCGGCCUGCAGACGGCGUUUCAGAUCGAGGGCACCAACGAGGAGAGCUCCUUCUCUCUGGUCGACCGCAGCCAGCCAACUACACGCGGCAGGGGCUUUGGCAGGGGCUCGGCUGUGUUUGGACGCGGGCGUGGUGCUCGAGGUGGCGCUCCUGGCCAGCGUGGCGGACGCGGCACCUUCCAGCGUGUCGGUGGGCGAGGCGGACAACAGCAGUAUGACUCGAGAGGUGGCAGAGGUGGUCGCGGUGGACGUCGUGGCGGCUGGAAAGACUGGGACAAGCCGCAGCGGAACCGAGAGGCGUCGGUGCAGCCCAAAGAUAGCUGGCGCAUGCUGGACGAGAUUGAUUUCAAUCGUUUGCAAAAGCUGAAUCUUGACACUGGAGAUGGCGAAGACUUGGACGACUACGGUUUCCUGUACUACUAUGACAGAGCUUACGACAAGCAGCCUGGUGCGCCAACGAGCAUGAGGAAACUCACCGUCCUGGACCGCGCUGCCUACAAUGUCACCACUUCGAGCGAUCCUGUCAUCCAGGAGCUGGCCGACAAGGACGAGGCGCAAAUUUUCGCAGCAGACAACAUUCUGUCUAUGCUCAUGUGCGCUCCUCGCAGCGUCUACAGCUGGGAUAUCAUCAUGCUGAAGCAAGGCAACAAGAUCUACAUCGACAAGCGCGAGGGCAGCAGUCUAGAUAUGGUCACAGUCAACGAGAAUGCAGCUGAUGCGCCCCUGGAGCUGAGUGAGGGUAAUAAAGACCAUAUCAAUGCUCCUGGUGCACUCAAAGACGAAGCCACGCACAUCAAUAACAUCUUCCCCCUGCAGGUCGUGCAAGAAUCAGAGACCUCGAAGCGCGACAUGAGCCACGAGCAUCCAUUCUACGACCCCGCUUCGGAGACUGACCCGCCCGCCAGCAAGGCCUACAAAUACCGUCGCUUCGAUCUUUCACUCGAAGCAGAUGCUGAGCCACUCCAUUUGAUUGUCCGAACCGAGCUUGAUGCAGUGGUCAAGAACAACAUUUCAGGCGAAGAUCAGUUUCUCACCAUCAAAGCUCUCAACGAGUUCGAUAACAAGGCCCAAGGCAGUGGAGGCGCUCUAGACUGGAGAAGCAAGCUCGCCUCGCAGCGUGGUGCGGUCGUUGCAACGGAAAUGAAGAACAACUCGUGCAAGCUUGCUCGAUGGACGACGCAGGCCAUUCUCGCCAAGGCCGAUCUCAUGAAACUUGGAUUCGUUUCACGUGCCAACCCCAAGUCGACAACCGAACAUGUUGUCCUUGGUGUCCUCGGCUACAAGCCACGUGAAUUCGCGUCCCAGAUGAAUUUGAACCUCAACAACGGCUGGGCAAUUGUUCGCACAUUUGUGGACAUGGUCAUGAAGGAAGACGAUGGCAAGUAUGUCCUGGUCAAGGACCCCAACAAGCCAACCAUUCGGCUGUAUAACGUGCCGCCCACUACGUUCGAGGAAGACGAUGUUGAGGCACAGAGCACGAUUCCAGAGGGUGAUGACGAGUAG